AUGGCGCCGUUAGGAACCUUCACUACGACAGUGCAUCCUUUCGAAUCUCCAACAGCUCACGCUUGUGCUUAUGAAGUCGGCCUCACAAACGCAAGAAAUGCUCUAGUGUUCGUCGGUGGGCUUGGUGAUGGACCUCACACAGUGCCAUAUCCCCGAGCAAUAGCUAAACGUCUAGAAUCAGAACCUAACCUAGGCUACUCUGUUUUUGAAUUCAGGCUGUCAAGCUCUUUCUCAGGCUUUGGAUUUGGUCGUCUUGCUAACGAUGUAGCUGAUAUAUCGGCUCUCGUUAAGUAUCUACGGAGCAUAGGGAAGAAACACAUAAUCUUAUUAGGCCAUUCUACUGGAAGUCAAGAUUUAAUGGAGUAUACAUCGCCAUCCCAUAAUGCUGCGCCAGUUGAAGGGUACAUUCUUCAGGCACCAGUAUCGGAUCGCGGCGCGAUAGCCUCGGAGAUGGGUGAAUCUAAACUAGAGGAAAGUCUCAAGAUUGCUAAACAGCUCAUCACUUCUGGCAGCGGCCAUGAGCGUAUGCUGCCUGAAAAUCUCUCUUCUUCCUUCCAUGAUACGCCGAUAUCUGCAUCGCGGUGGUACGCGCUUGGGGCAGCUGACGGCGAAGAUAACUACUUCGAUCCCGGGCUCUCAGAUGAUAUAGUUGGGCCUUACUGGAAGCGAGUAGAUAAGCCGAUCCUUAUACUUCACUCGGGGAACGAUGAAUAUGUGCCAAGUUCCAUCGAUAAAGAUGCGCUUGUUCAGCACUGGAGGACACUCUGCCGGCCAGGCAUCGCAAGUGAACUCUCGGGUACGAUCCCGGGCGCCGGCCAUAGGGUAGAGGAGCCAGAGUCAGAAGAAUGGCUCGUCAACACGGUUGUUAAAUUUCUGCAAAAUAUUAAAUAA